UUAAGGUGUCACAUGAGUCUCAGGGAAUGCAGCUCCAGUCUUCCACCCUGAUCUUUGUGGCUCUCCUGCAGCGUCUGGAAAGAUUUCAUGGGAAAGAUUCAGAUCCACUGUCGCUCCAUGACAUCACACCAGAGAUGUAUCAGCUGCCUGACGCACACCUGGCUUGACACCCGUAUCAGCUGAGGGCUUGAAUUGUUGGAACCAGCAGCAGCUGCAAGAGGAACAUUGCGUGUAUUACGUGAUCAGAAGCACCGCUCUAUAUUUAUCAAAUCAUGGGGCUUGCCGCGCUGCAUGCUUGUGCAAAAGAACGCCUACCAAAGGACGUACAUCAUGGUGCUGCUGAGACUCCAUACUUCCUAGACCUUCCCCUUCUGUAGACCAGGAUCACAGCUGAAGCGGGUCAGCAGGUGUGGAUGACUCGGGGAUGAGUGACAUUGAUGAUACAGGGUCCAUUCUUGCAAAGAGCAUUCAGAAAGUUGACCUAACAGCAGGCUUUUCAGAGGCUGACCACCCCAUAGACGCCCCCCAAGACUGUGAGGGCUCUCCUGUGGAGCAUUACCUCAGCACACACACUGUCGGUGGAAUGGAGAGCGUCCUCUCGGGCAGUGAGGAGGAUAUUCACCUGCAGUCUGUCAAUAUAUUCUUUGAAAGGUUGAAAAAUGUUACAGAGGCUGAGGGGCUUACUGAGCCAAGCCAAGUGAGAGUUGGGAAAAACAGAGAGGCAAUAAAGGAGGAGGAGCGGCAGCGAGCCAGCAGCAGUACUUUGCCAAAAAACAUCCCCAAGUUAAACACUCUGCCUGCCAGGGGUGAAACAGCACUUGGCAAAGAGACCACAGAGACUGUCCACACCAUCAGCAACAAUAACACAAUGAAAAAAGACGAGGCUGGUUCCAACAUUUCCCCUGAACCUGUAGCCAGUAAAUUGUUCAAGACUAACAAAUCAGCUCACCCUGAAACAAAGUUAUCUCUCAGAGAGGAAAUCUGUACAGAAACCAGAGUAAAUGAGGCAAAACAGCGGAAUGGGUCCCAUGACUCACCGGACGGGGUUGUCUGCUCACAAACAACACCUCACACUGACAAAGUGAUGAAGGUGAAUAUGUGCACACCUCUGGAUGAUGUUAAUCAAGAACAUUUGGUGACUAGUCAGUCAACUCACAGUACAAGGUGUAGCACUGACUCAUGGAGUACUCUAGAAAUUAUGUCAAAUGUUAAAUGGAAGGAAGACCGAACCCCUAACAGUGUAUAUUCAGACGCAACAAACUCAAACAAAACAGCGAGCCAAGAAUUGUCUCCGUCUGCCUCUAUCAAAAGGAAGAGAAAGAAGAAGAGACGACUCAGUGCUGAGCCAGCUGAGAGUGUGCAUGGAUAUGACAGGCCGGUUUUAGUCAAGCAGAGUGACUCAGAGGAAGAGCAGUAUGCAUGGAGAGCAGGUUCUGGUCUGUGUAUAUCAGAGGAUUUAUUUUAUUUAAAUGAACCACAGAAAAAUGUCAUGUCCUCUUUAACUGCAUAUUCAGCCACCACCAAUCUCCCAGUGAAGAUAUCUGCUAGGGAGAUAAAAGUAAAUGAUCUUUCUCACUACAGUCGUCCAUCUGACAGUCAUUACCAAUGUUUCCCAGAGAGCAUGGUCAGACAGAGAAGGUGUAAAGAAACAGGCUUGGUUGAAAAUAAUGCAACUAUCGUCAGCUCAGUAACCCCACUGAGUCAAACGGAUGACAAUGUAAUGUCAGCACAAAAUGGCAGUGGUAAUGUGGCAACAAAUGUGCAGCUUUGCAGCAAAUUACAGGCAGAGGAACCAACUGGACUGAAUAAGUAUCCUAUGUUGCCAGUUUCAAUGAGUGACAGUGUAAUUGGUAAAUCAGACCUGGCCACAAAAACAGCAAACUGUGGAAGGAAAGACGCAUACAAUCUGAGGCAGUCUGAUGAAAUGAAUAAUUCUGUCACUUGUUGUGGAAAUGAACAAAAUCAAGGUUCUUGUUCGGCAGAGGUCAAAUCAAUAACUCACAGUAUUUUACCAAGUGCUGAGUCAAAUGAUCCCACUGAGAAAGUCAGCCAAAAUGACAAACUAUCCACUGCUAAGUCAGUCCUGGCUGUGGAGGCUGGAAUUUCUGGCAGAGACAACUACGCACUGUGUCAAAGAGAAGCUGAGCACCAGCAACAGCUGGAAAUUGACUGUCACAACACAAACCAAUAUAGCUCUACAGUGAAAAAGACUCAUAUUGCUCUUUCUGAAAGUGAUAUGAGCGGUUCUAUUGCUCACAACACAAAACCCAAGCAAUUCAAAACUAGAGUGUGUCCAUUCUCAGAGGAAAUUUCCAGUCAGUUGGACUGUAUUAAAUUAAUAUCAGAUACAAGAAAUUCAUUGUCUGAUAAUAACUGUCUGCCUAAAAGUCUCUCCAGUUCAGAUAUAAAGAUUGCAGUGCAGCAAACAGAACAUCCUCUGGUGCCUCACACAUUAUCCAGAUUUGAUGUUUUGUCAGAGAAAAACACAACAGCUGAGAGAGCUGGAUUAGCAUCAUCACAAAUAAUGUCUAAUCAUAGUGGGAAUCUCUUUCUAUCUGGUGAUAAGAGUCUAACAGGUAAAAGUCAGAGAGAAACCAAAUCGUCCAUGUCUUACAACUUACUAACAAGUCCUUCAGAUAUUACAUCAGUAUCAUCCUGCUGUACUCUGGACACAGAAUCUGUCGUGUCACUCUCAAAUGAAAAUAUCACACACAUGUCAGAAAGCUCUGGUUUAUCUGUCAGCCAAAAUGACUCUGGAGGUCAAGGAGAAAAAACAUCCCUACUACUGGCAAGACAUGAGGAAGGAGACGGCACAUCUGGACCCAAAAGCCAGUCUGUAUUAAAUGAAACAAUAGAUUCAAAUAAUGAUUUAGUGGUCGGAGCAGAAGAUGCCAUCACAGCAUCUAUAGCACAAUGUGAAUCUGAAAAGGCACCGAAUUCAAAACAUUCAGUGUUCGCUAUGUCUUCUUUUUGGAGUGAGAUGGAGAAGCUCACGAUAAAUGAUAUUCUGGGUUUACGAAUCAUCAGCAAAGCUGCUCCACCAAGCUCCCUCCCACCUUUACAGGAAAUUGAGGAGACCAGAGAUUCAGGCUUUUUUACUCAAUUGGAUGAGCAAUCCACCAAGGAAACAUCCACCAACUCUGUAGAUUCAAGUUCAGGUUCUGUUAUGGCAGUCAAUUCGUCCUCCUCUAGAGGAAUGUGGGAGAGUGAACCAGUCACGUUGAGUCGAGGUGCUGAUGUUUACCCUGAGAGUAUGAUGUUGACAUCGGUUAGUGACAUUUCUCAACCAGUCUUCCCUGGAAGUGCUCAAACGUGCCUCAGAAAGAUUUCUAAAAACGUAAGUGUGCACAAUCUACAUGCCUUGGAAUCUCAGUCUUUCAGCAACACAUGGAAAGGCCAAUCUUUGCAAACCUUAGAUGAAGGAGAAUUAGAAAAAGUAGAAUAUUUCGCAGAUGGACAUAUGUCUAAGCAAGACAAAGACAUGGACAGUUCUUCAUCUUCGACAGACAACUACAGAAUCUCUCUUACAGAUAUAUUUCAGUACCUCUUUGGGGGAAAGCAAUCAAUGCCCAGCCAAUCAGCCACAGAUAACAUAACCACCUGCCACACUGGUGGAAAUUCUGUCCCUGAAACCUAUGAUCAUUUCUUCUCAGAGUUUGAUACAGAAAGCUUUUUUUACCCUCUCAUCACAGCAGAAGAUCAGGCCAAAGAGGAGCUGGUUCCUAUCUUUUCCUGCUCUCGCUUGGCUAACAGAAAACUACAGUUCCCUGAGGCUUAUGAUUAUUUCUUUCCAUCCUCCUCUUCUGAUGAUUCUUCUGUGGAAUCUGAUGAAGAAGAUGACCGCGGUCCUGUAAGGGUGGUGACCAGGUUCAGUCGUAAGUCAAGCGCUUCGCAGAUUUCUACAGACAUGUAUGAGCAUUUCUUCACAGAUAGCGACCUCCGACAGAAUUUCUUUUGGAAAACCACGUUCUCCUUCAGGAAUAUUAGGUCUACUGGCUCUACAGUCCAAAAGCAGACACUCUCAAACCCUCUGUCUCUUGUACCUGUGAGGCAAAGUGGCAGAUCCCUUCGAAAGACACUUCAUCCUAUAAAUGCUGCUGGAAAUCAAGACAUGAUGUUUCCUGAUCCACUGCUUUACAACCUGGAGGACAGGAUCUCCCGACAACUAGCACAGGAGCCUUUCAGAUAUGAGGUCUUCCAGACGGCUGUUUCAAAUCCAAGGUUGGAUGUCCCCCUCCUGCCUCUCAGACAGUCAGACAUGUGUCUGGUUUGUAUAGCAUUUGCUUCAUGGGUGCUGAAGACUGCAAACCCACAAGUUGGAGAUGCCUGGAAGGCUGUUCUGCUGGCAAAUGUAAGUGCUCUGUCAGCCAUCCGAUACCUGCGUAAAUAUGUCAAGAUGGAGGCGGCAGCCAAUGAGAAGAAAUUGCAAUACGCCGUCCCAUCUGAUUCUUAACGUUUCUGCUUCUAUGUCACAAAUGUUUCUAAUUUCUCCAUUGAAUGAAUAUGGAAAAGUGUUUCAUUUAACAGCAGGUGUUUUGCUCCUUGCGAAAUACAUUUGCUGACAUUUUGACCUUUUAAUGUCAGAGCAUUUAUAUGAUAUAUGAAAAGACAAAAGACAAGAUGAGACAUUGUAUAUUUAUCAGAAAGAUGGCUUUAGACAUUUGUAAAUAAGGUUUCAGUAUGUGCUGAAGAAAGAUUAGAAGCAGGUUUACUCAGAGAUGUACAGAGUUGAGAUGUUAGAUGUGAUAAAUGGAUUAACUUGAGGCACUAAAAGAGUUUAGGAAGGUGCUGUUUGAGCCUGUUAUAUAAAAUAGUAUACUAAUCAUUUCUGAUGGGCAUUUUAUUUUCAUGAUAGAUAAUUUAUAGAUAUCUGUACAGUAUUUUGUCAUAUGAGUUGCUCUGUGAGCUGUUGAUGUAUUUCAGUAAAAAUGAUCUCUGAGAUGUGUGCUGUAUGUCUUGUUAUUAGAAAGCCCUCAGACCUGAAGGUGAAACUUUUCAAACACUAGAGGGCAACGAAUGCUCAUGUAAGAAGGUGGGGUAUCACGACUGAGUGAGCUUACUUAUUAUAAAGUCAUUUACAGUACUUUUAGGAUAGUAUUAAUUAUGUAAUAUGUAUUAUAUAAUUAUAAUAAUACUAAGUGUAUAUAUACAGUAGAUCAUCUCCUCUUCACAGAUCAUACUUUUCUCCAGCAGAUGGCAACGUUGAGCUAUAAAAUACAAAGCCUUCUGCUGAUGAACACAGUCCAUGAAGCUAUCACAUUAUUCUCACAGCACUUAAACACACAACUGAUGAUAUUUUGAUGCAGUUUGGAACAAUAGUGCAUCUAACGACGGUUAGACGGACAUUUCAAAAUGUCACUGAUUCACUGGUUUAUAAGGCCCAGAAAGGGAGUGCAUCAUUUAUUAGGGACAACAUGUCUGCUGUUGUGUCUCAUUGGUUUUUCAUGUCCAAAUAAAAUCUUGACAUUCAUUUGAUGUACCUCCU